AUGCCCGAGGGCGUCACCGACCCCAACUACAGGCCUCUGCCUGGGCGCCUUGGUAAUCUCACUGUACAGCAGCAGCAUACCCUCGAGAAGUUCAAGAAGGAGCUGCAGGACGAGGGGCAUUUUGUCCCCGAGCGCAUGGACGAUGCGACCCUUCUGAGGUUCCUUCGCGCUCGCAAGUUUGAUUUGGCGGCGUCCAAGACGAUGAUCCUGGCGGCUGAGCAGUGGCGGAAAGAGUUUGGAGUUGACGAUGUCGUCGAGAACUUUGACUUCACGGAAAAGGAGAUCGUUGACAAGUACUACCCCCAGUACUACCACAAGAUGGACAAGGAGGGACGGCCAAUAUACAUUGAGCGCCUUGGCAAGCUCGACAUCAAGGAGCUCUACAAAGCCACCGACAUCGACCGCCAGCUCAAGCGGCUCGUGCUCGAGUACGAAAAGUUCCUCCACGAGCGUCUCCCCGCCACCUCCCGCGCGGUCGGGCACCCCGUCGAGACCUCGUGCACGAUUCUCGACCUCGGCGGCGUCUCGCUGACGAACUUCUACCGCGUCAAGGACUACGUGUUCAAGGCGUCCUCGAUCGGGCAGGACCGGUACCCGGAGUGCAUGGGCAAGUUCUACAUCAUCAACGCGCCGUGGGCGUUCUCCGGGGUGUGGUCGCUAAUCAAGCCGUGGCUCGACGAGGUGACGGUGUCGAAGAUCGAGAUUCUGGGCGGGAGCUACAAGGACAAGCUGCUCGCGCAGAUUCCGGCGGAGAACUUGCCCGCGGAGUUUGGCGGGAAGUGCACGUGCGCGGGUGGGUGCUCGCUCAGCGACGCGGGCCCGUGGAACGAGGACGCGGCUGCUUCGCCGGCGCCGGCUCAGCCUGAGGCUUGA